AUGUCCGGCCGUGGUAAAGGAGGAAAGGGUCUAGGAAAAGGAGGCGCCAAGCGUCAUCGUAAAGUUCUUCGUGAUAAUAUCCAAGGUAUAACCAAGCCAGCUAUCCGUCGUCUCGCACGUCGUGGUGGUGUGAAGCGUAUCUCUGGUCUCAUCUACGAAGAAACCCGUGGUGUGUUGAAGGUUUUCUUAGAGAAUGUUAUCCGUGAUGCCGUCACCUACACCGAGCACGCCAAAAGAAAGACUGUCACCGCCAUGGAUGUCGUCUACGCCUUGAAACGCCAAGGCCGUACACUGUACGGUUUUGGUGGUUAGACUUUCCCUUGCACGAAACCAAACCAAACGGCCCUUUUCAGGGCCACCACAUCCUUCAAAAAGAGAACUACCGUUAAAGCUAUAGUAUUGUGUGUAAUGUUAAGAGACCUUGUUUGUGGCUUGUUUGAUUAUGUACACUUGCAGUGAAUGAAAGUUUCUAUUGUCGACAGUUUCAAUACCAUGAGUGAAUGUAUUAGUAUUAUUUUUUUUGUAUUUACCAGUGUGCUCGGUGUGACACUGAUCAUGGAGGUAAAAAAAAAAAAAAAAUCUCUGUGCACUGAUCAAACGUUUAAGUUUUUAUAAAUUGCUCUGA